CCACUGGGUAAUUCUGACCCAGUGACAAUUUUAGUACUGUUCUGUGGCAGCUGACCUGUGUCAGCGAAGGAUUUUUGUAGCAUCAUUAUCCUGAGAAAUGUCUGUAAAUGUGAGUGUUCUUUCAGCAUGUGUCCAUUAAAGAUCCUCCACAUGAUCCAUGGGCUGGAAGAAAAUGUUUGGGACCAUCUCCAGUUGCUCCAGUCUCCUGUUUAUUGCACUCCGUUGAACUCUUCUAAAUUUGUGCCAUGUUCUAUGGUACAUCUUCAUAAUAUACAAUGUGCCAUGAGCUGUUCUUGACUUGGAUAAUUCGCCACACUUCUCACUCCAUCAAAGAGAAGCGCAGUGGUCUAUGGUGGAUUCAGCACGCUUGAGCAACCAAAUACAGCACCCUGGGCUUAUUCUCAAAGAAUAUGUCAGAGCGUCACAAUGACCCUGUCUAGCAACACUACAGUCUCCUCCCUGGUUCCAAACGUGAGCUCCUGGAUUCGAGAUGCCCAAGGCAAUGCCUUGCCGUUCACCAGCAGCUAUGGCCUCUCCCAAACGAAUGAGAGCUUUUCCCUCACCACCAUGGAAAUGAGCAAUGGGUCCACAGGUCAUCCUGAUCCCCUGGGUGGGCACAACGCCUGGCAAGUCAUCCUGAUCGCUCUCCUCACUGGCCUCCUGGCCCUGUUGACCAUCAUCGGAAACAUCCUGGUGAUUGUGGCAUUUAAAGUCAACAAACAGCUGAAAACGGUCAACAAUUACUUCUUGCUGAGUCUUGCUUGUGCAGACCUGAUCAUUGGCAUUAUUUCCAUGAACCUUUUCACUACCUAUAUAAUCAUGGACCGCUGGGCCUUGGGAAACUUGGCCUGUGACCUGUGGCUCUCCAUCGACUAUGUCGCCAGCAAUGCCUCUGUCAUGAAUCUUCUUGUCAUCAGCUUUGACAGAUAUUUCUCCAUCACCAGGCCCCUCACCUACAGAGCUAAACGAACAACCAAAAGGGCUGGGGUGAUGAUUGGGUUGGCUUGGGUUGUUUCCUUUAUCCUUUGGGCCCCGGCUAUCCUGUUCUGGCAGUAUUUCGUUGGGGAGCGAACGGUCAACGAAGGUGAAUGCUACAUCCAGUUCCUAAGCGAACCGAUUAUCACCUUCGGCACUGCCAUAGCUGCCUUCUAUUUGCCAGUCACCAUUAUGAGUAUUUUGUACUGGAGGAUAUACAAGGAGACGGAGAAGCGUACCAAAGAGUUAGCAGGACUUCAGGCCUCUGGCAGCGAAGCGGAGGCAGUCCGCUUUGUCAACCAGACGGGCAGCUCAAGAAGCUGCAGCAGCUACGAGCUGCAGCAGCAGAACCGGCGCUCCAGCCGAAGGAAGUACGGAGGCUGCCACUUCUGGACGACAUCAAAGAGUUGGAAACCGAGCUCAGAUCAGGUCGACCAGGAGCACAGCAGCAGCGACAGCUGGAACAACAACGAUGGCAACGCGUCUCUGGAGAACUCCGCCUCUUCAGAUGAAGAUGACCUUGCCUCUGAGACCAGAGCCAUCUAUUCCAUUGUCCUGAAGCUUCCAGGGCACAGCACUAUCCUCAACUCUACAAAGCUACCUUCAUCAGAAGACCUGCCUGGGUCUGAGGAUGAACUGCAGAAGAUGGACACAGAUUCAAAGGAGAGGAAGCCCAAAAGGGCUCAUCCGCAAAAGAGUGUGGAGGAUGGAAACUUACAGGCUGUGCAGAAGUGCUUUCCCAAACUUCCAAUUCAACCAGGAUCAGCAACGCAUCCAGGGAAGGCUUCCGAUUGCAUUUCAACAGGGUCUAAGGCGGCUGCUGCCCUACCUUUGUCCUUCAAAGAAGCUACCCUGGCUAAGAAAUUUGCCUUGAAGACAAGAAGUCAGAUCACCAAGCGGAAACGAAUGUCCCUCAUCAAAGAAAAGAAAGCUGCACAGACACUCAGUGCCAUUUUGUUUGCCUUCAUUAUCACCUGGACCCCGUACAACAUCAUGGUCCUGGUAAACACUUUUUGCGAUAAAUGUAUUCCCAAGACAUUUUGGAACCUGGGGUACUGGCUUUGCUACAUCAAUAGCACCGUGAACCCAAUGUGCUACGCACUGUGCAAUAAAACAUUCCGAACCACUUUCAAGAUGUUGCUGCUCUGUCAGUGUGACAAGCGUAAGCGGCGUAAACAACAGUAUCAGCAGAGACAGUCAGUCAUUUUUCAUAAGCGGAUUCCUCGGGAAGCUUCAUAGAAUAGUAUUUUUAACCACAGAAAGGAAUAUUAAAGGGAACGCAAAUAUG